AUGAAUCCAAGAGAACGGCGUGCUAAGCAACGUAAAUGGCGAGAACGUAAAGCUAGGAGUAGACAGAAUAAAAAACACAAUGAGCGACUACUACAAAAUUUGCGAGAGAAUACUCCGGGUUCCAUUGCUGAUGACCAAAACGUAGCGAGCCCUUAUUUUCAACAAAAUGUGUCUUCCCUUUCUCAACCUUUGUCUCCUGCUUCUUCGAUUUCCAGAAGGUCGUUUGUUAGUCCUGGAUCGUCGUUCUUCAGAGAAGAAUGUCACACACCUUCUCAUAGCUCCAAUUUAAGUAGGCAAAAAGUAGCUGGUCUUCGAUAUGUCCGAAAACGACGUGAGGAGUCCAAUCUCAAAAUAAAAAUGCAGGCAACUGUAAUCAAAUCAAUGGAAAAAAAUCACGCAUUACGGGUACAAUUAUUGAGGGCCAACCAUAAAAUCCAGGAUCUUUCUAGUCCGCUGCAGAAAAUUGCUACUAAAGAGAUUGUUACAAAAAAAAUUAAACGGUUGCAUUCAAAAAUUAUUGCCUUCUCAAAACGUGAUAACAUAAACGAGGAAAACUUAGAUCGGCGGGAAGAAACAGAUGAGAGAGAUAGCGAAGAACAGGAGGAAGAAUUGGCUAGUGAGACUGAAGAAAAGGAGGAUAAUGAACUGGACAGUGAGAGUGAAGAACUGGAGGAUAGGGAACAGAAUAGUGAGGCCGAAGAACAGGAGGAUUGGGAACCGAAUAGCAAGGCGGAAGAACACGAGGGUGAGAAAAAGAUGCUUACUUCUUCAGUCUUCACUGGCCUUCGGGCAGCUCGAUCCUCUGUCAUCGUUACAAGGAAUUUGGCCGCAGCACAAAAAGCUACGGACCCUAUUCAGCAGCUUUUCGUGGAUAAGAUCAGAGAGUACAAGAAGAAGAGUGUUGGUGGCAAACUUGUUGACCCAACUCCAGCGAUAGAAAAGGAACUAAAAUCGGAAUUAGAAAAACUUGAGCGGCAAUUUGGAGGAGGUCCUGGAGUAGACAUGACAUCAUUCCCCACAUUUAAGUUUGAUGAGCCCAAAUUAGACCCCAUUGACGAGCAGGCACAGCAGAAGAAGUGA